GUGAAGACAUGGAACUCCAUGCAGGAGCUGAGCCGGGACAUCUACGACAUUUAUGCCGAGUAUGAAGAUGAAGAGGACGACAAUGCUGCGUAUACCAAGCACUUUUCCCCUCCCAAGAAGAACUACAUGAUCAACAUCAAUGUGGGCGGGAAGACCUACGAGAUAGCCUACAAGUGGGCCUCCAAGUAUCCCAAGACCAGAAUAGGGCGACUGGCCACCUACACGGACCAUAAGAUGAAGCUGAACCUGUGCGACGACUACACUGUGACCAACAAUGAGUACUUCUUUGACAGGGACCCCGAUGUCUUUCACAACAUCAUGACCUUCUACAGGACCGGGGUGCUGUGGAUCAAGGACGAGUUGUGUCCCCGCAACUUCCUGGAGGAGAUAAACUACUGGGGCGUGAGGAUCAAGAACACGCACCGCUGCUGCCGCAUCUCCUUCGAGGAGAGGCAGGACGAUCUGAACGAGCAGCUGAAGAUCCAGAGGGAGCUGGAGGCGGAGGUGGAGAUCGAGGAGAAUGAGGAGCUCUUUCACAACAUGUUCAUGGGCCAGCAGCGCAGAGCUAUCUGGAACUUGAUGGAGAUGCCUUUUUCGUCUGUCAAGGCCAAGCUGGUGGCGGUGGCCUCCAGCCUGUUUGUCCUGGUGUCCCUGGUGGCCAUGACUCUCAACACAGUGGAGGAGAUGCAGUUCAGAACUCCCAAAGGUCAGCUCAGUGGUAAGACGUACUGGGAGUACGUUGAGUCCAUCUGCAUCGCCUUCUUCACCAUGGAGUACCUGCUCCGCCUGGUGUCCACUCCUGAGCUCAAAUCCUUCUGCAAAAGUGUGCUCAACACCGUGGACCUGAUCGCCAUCCUGCCUCAGCACCUGCAGGCCAUCCUGGAGUUCUUUGACAAUGAGGAAAACUACAUGAAGCACGAGGCCGACAUGCAGGCAGUGGGGCAGGUGGGAAAGCUGGGCCAAGUGUUGCGGAUCAUGAGGCUGAUGCGAAUCUUUCGUAUCUUGAAACUGGCGCGACACUCCACAGGUCUGCGGGCGUUUGGCUUUACUCUGCGUCAGUGCUACCAGCAAGUGGGCUGCCUCUUCCUCUUCAUCGCCAUGGGCAUCUUCAGCUUCUCCGCCAUGGUUUACACCGUGGAGCACGACAUGCCGCAAACAAACUUCACCAGUAUUCCUCAUGCAUGGUGGUGGGCAGCUGUCAGCAUCUCCACUGUGGGCUACGGAGACAUCUACCCAGAGACCAUACUGGGUCGUCUCUUCGCCUUCGUCUGCAUCUCUUUUGGAAUCAUCCUCAACGGUCUGCCCAUAUCCAUCCUCUUCAACAAGUUCUCAGACUAUUACGCUAAACUCAAGUCCAAUCAGUACACGGCCGCCGUGAAGAAUCGAGGGAAGGUGAGAUUUGCACACAGGACAAUGAAAAGGUUCAACCGCUGCUUUGAAAUCCGCCACUGUCCCGCACGCUGA